AUGGAGCAAGCAGAGUAUGGCGGCCCGUUCAUCGUUGCCGAUUGGCCGAGCAGUGCGGUUCUGCGCCUGUCUCUGAAUCGGCCCCCUCUCAAAUUCUCUUCGCCGUUUUGGAGCUCGUUAGGAGCGAAUUUCGCCAAGGUGCGACACGACCCAGACGUUCGAGCAGUCAUCCUGUGCUCCAGCACACGUGCGUUCACCGCAGGAUUGGACUUGAAAGAGGAUGGCCUCGUACUAACAGGGGCUGACUCGGCUCGGUCUGGUCUACUCAUGCGAGACCACGUGCUCGAGUUCCAAGCUGCGAUUUCGAAGAUUGAAGACUGUGAGCGCCCGGUGAUUGUUGCGAUUCAUGGGGUCUGCUACGGACUUGGCAUAGAUAUCAUUACCGCCUGUGACAUCCGACUAUGCGACUCGGCGACCCAGUUCAGUAUCAAGGAAGUGGAUGCAGGAAUCGCUGCAGAUAUCGGUACCCUACAGCGUUUGCCGAAGAAAACGGGCAACGAUUCGCUCCUGCGAGAACUGGCUUUCACGGCUCGUUCGUUCGGAUGUAAGGAAGCCUGCGAGCUCGGUCUGAUAGCCCAAAGACAUGUCGUCGAGGGCGGCAUGGAGGUCCUGAUGAGGCAAGCUAUCAACCUAGCCCAGCAAAUCGCUUCAAAGUCACCGGUAGCGACCUUGGGUACCAAGCAUCUACUGAAUUAUUCAGCCGACCAUACGAUCGCCGAAGGAUUGAAUUAUACCGCGCUGUGGGGUGCCAAUGCACUCCAAGCCAACGAUGUCCAGGAUUCAAUCCAAGCUGCUCUCUCCACCACGCGGAACAAGUCCAAACCGACCUACAAACGAUUGGGCAAACUGUAG